CUGCAACAUCAGUGAAAAACCCAGACAUCUAAGGUGCCAAUGUGAUUUAGUAAUGCCCAAAGAAGACAAUGGGCUGUUUCUGGGCUUGUGCCAGCACCUCUUUCAUAACACACAGGACACCAAUGAACGGAGUCCCUCCCUAAGUCACCUGCCUGCUGUGAGCCACAUAAAGCAAAGGCAGUUGAAUGACUGACAGCAGUUGGUGACAGAGCUACCGUGGAGUCAAGCAGCAUACAAUAACACUAUAGGACAAUGGCUCCAGUUGGGAUGGUUGGCAUGUUGGGUUGGGUUUCAUCCCCAGAGCUGGGUGUCAUCUCCCUGGUCGUCUUCCUCGUCCUCAGCGUCACUCUCCUCGCCCUUUGCAUCAGGUGUCAGAGGAAAACUGCCAACGCGUAUGCUGUGAACGAAACACCGACUGAUGGAAAGGGAGGAGCCAAUGGGAACACUGACACAAGGAUGGGAGGUAUUUCCAGACUCAGGGACAUCAUGGAGGACCCACCAAAUGCCUGCCAGUACACUGGAGAGAGCUACAGCAUCAACCAACUAACCAGUCAGAACACCAGCUUUCCACACUUGACAUGGUCCCAAAUGGACAGAUGGACGGAAAAAGAGAGGAAGGGCAGGAGGGAACGUUGGCCCUGUCCUCUGCCAGCUCCACACCUUGUCUUCAUCACGUCAGUCUUCACUUAUCUGGAUAGAGUCUCUCACUUCUGGAUUCUGAAUUCAUCUAAACAAGAACUUUCUAUCUACGUCUUUGACUAUUUUACAAUAUGCUUUUUAAAGAGUUUGGAUUCUGUUUUUAUUCUUUUCCAGUUAGGAAAUGAAUACUCCCUACUGUUAAGUGAACCCAAUACAUCAAGCUAAAAAAAAAUUAAAUUGCCAUGAAGAUUUCUCCUGAGUAGAAUGCAAUGGAAUAAACUUUUAGCUUGUUUGCUUCAAAUAACAUUUACUUAUUAGUACGACAUUUUAGGACAUAUGCUUAUUGGCUUUCUUGCGGAGAAGAUCGAUACUACCACUCUCAUAUGUGUCCGUUAAAUAUGAAGCUAUAGCUUAGAGAGUUAUGGUGCUUUCCAUUUCAACUGGGAAGUCUGAAUUUAUGAGUUCCAAGUCGGACAUUUCAACUGGAACUCCCCCCUGAAGUCGGAUUUCCGACUCGAAAAGUCGGAGAACCUCACAGUAUUCCGACCAAAUCCGACCUCAAAAUCCAACAUGGAGGCUCAACAGUUGUAAAAGCUGUAGUUAUAUACAGUUAAUUAGCUCUUCUGUCUUAUUUGUGUCUCAUUAAACCAGUCGUAUGCAGUACUGUCCAACUUCUAUCUGGGGACAUGCUGCUAUGGUGUUUGUAUGAACAAAAUACAUGCCUAAUGCGUGCGUUGUUAUCAACUGGUAUUGCUAACAUUGGCUAACCUUGCUAGAGCUAACCCCACUGUGAAA